UUUACAAUAAUAAAAAAAAAAAGAACAUUGAUUUAAAUUGUCAGGAAACAAGAGGAAGGAAUUUGAAAAGUAAAAAGGUAUAUGUGUUUAAAAAUCCUAAAAUCAUUUUUAAGGGUGUAUUUUUUCCUCUAAAAUUGUCUUUCUGAAAGUUAUAAGAAGCAAAGUAAAAAAAAAUUAUGAAUUUAUUUAAACAAGUGAAGACCAAGUCUUUAAAAUACUUUCUUGGAUUUUCAAAUUCUAUUUGAGUUGUGUCUCUCUUAGAAUUAAAAAUGUCGAGCAAAGCGAGACCAGCUUGCUAGUAAAUAAAUACAAUUAAAAAAAUAGAGGCAGCUCACUGGUAAGUGCUGCUAUUUGAGCUAUUUUUAGAACGGGCCCUGCUCUAAAAUAUAGUAGGUGAGGCUUAUACACGGGUGCAACAUAUAGUCUAGAAAAUACAUAAUUUUUAAUUUUAUUUAUCAUUUACCAGUGAGCUGUGCUGCCCAGUUUUUUUUGUUACACUUCUGAGUUUCAUUUGCAGGUAUUAUGUAGUAUUAGUAUUGUAGUCAGGAAGCAGUCUUUGCCAUUAAGUUGAAUGUGCCAGUCUUUGUUAUGUUUGGGCAUGGCCUAGGUACUCUACAUCGUGUCCCCAGGAUGCGGAAGGACAGAAAGCAGACCGCAGGUAAGGAAAUUUUAAUUCUCACAUGUGAGCAAGCAAUUUUUCAAAAGGUAAUUCUUGCAGUUAGCAAACAUAAACAGGUAGCAGAUACAACAGUUCAACAUGGCAGCGGUUGCUAACCUGAAGCGAAGCAGGAAGAGGAAGGCAGGGUGGUUCUCGCAUGUAAAAAAAAACAAAAAAAAACUAUCUGAUUAGUGAUCAGGGGCAGGUGCGUCUCGAUCCUGAUCACUAAUCAGAUGCCGGUGAAAACAAUCAGCGCUCCCAGCAACCAAAGGAAAACAAUGAAGGGAGUGCACUAACGGAAAUUGAACCUCAAAGACGGGAAAACCACAGAAUUUUUUUUUUUGGUUGCACCCUGCAAAGUGUUCAUACUGUAAGUGUUAGACACCAGGUGUUUGACGGCAGCGUUCAUCUUACUUGUUUAAAUGGCCAUGUAAAAUCGCUUAAGUUAAUUGUUAGGAAAUCCAAUGUAAAUUAGCAUCGAGCUAACACAUUUUGAAUAGGGGGAUUCUUACUGUAUUUUUCAGCUCCUUCUCCUUGCUUUGUUGGAAGAGAAUAUUGGAACAUCACCAGUCCGGCUUACUUCGCUCCGUCUGCUUGUUUCCCCGCUGAGUGCUUGAGCCGGACAUGAAAUUAUAUAUAUAUAUACACUAUAUUGGCAAAAGUUGCGAUGAGGUGGCGAUUUUUCAAGGGUGUACCCCACCUUCCGCCCGAUUGAGCUGAAAUAGGCACCAGCGCCCCCCGCGACCCCAAAGACAAUAAGCGGUAGAAAAUGGAUGGGAUGGAUGGAUAUUGCCAAAAGUAUUUGGCCACCCAUCCAAAUGAUAAGAAUCAGGUGUCCUAAACACUUGUCCCGGUGUAUAAAAUCAAGCACUUAGGCAUGGAGACUGUUUCUACAAUCAUUUUUUGAAAGAAUGGGCCGCUUUCAGUGAUUUCCAGCGUGGAACAGGGACAAGCGGUAGAAGAUGGAUUGAACUGUCAUAGGAUGCCCCCUGUGCAACAAAUCCAGUCGUGAAAUUUCCUCGCUCCUAAAUAUUCCAAAGUCAACUGUCGGCUUUUUUUUAUAAGAAAAUGGAAGAAUUUGGGAACAACAGCAACUCAGCAACCAAGUGGUAGGCCGCGUGAACUGUGGAUGCUGAAGCGGAUAGUGCAAAGACUUUCUGCACAGUCAGUUGCUACAGAGCUCCAAAUUUCACGUGACCUUCCAAUUAGCCCACGUACAGUACGCAGAGAGCUUCGUGGAAUGGGUUUCCAUGGCCGGGCAGCUGGCUCUAAGCCAUAAGUUUUCAAGUCCAAGGCAAAGCGUGGGAUGCAGUGGUGCAAAGCACGUCUCUACUGGACUCUAGAGCAGCGGAGACGCCUUCUCUGGACUGAUGAAUCACACUUUUCUAUCUGGCAAUCUGAUGGACCAGUCCGGGUUUGGAUGUUGCCAGGAGAACAGUACAUUUUUAGUGGAGAAGGAAUUAUGGUGUGGUUGUUUUUCAGGAGUUGGGCUUGGCAUUUUAGGUCCAUUAAAUGGAACUUUUGAAUGCUCCAGGAUACCAAAACAUUUUGGACAAUUCCACGCUCCCAACCUUGUGGGAACAGUUUGGAGCGGGCCCCUUUCUUCCUCCAACAUGACUGUGCAUCAGUGCACAAAGCAAGGUACAUAAAGACAUGGAUGACAGAGUCUGGCGUGGAUGAACUUGACUGGCCUGCACAGAGUCCUGACCUGAACUCAACCAACAUCAGUGUGUGACCUCACCAAUGCGCUUUUUGGACAAUUCCAUGGGAUGGCGCUUCAAGUUCAUAUCACGAGACCCUAGAACGCAUCGGCGUGCGCCGCCGUGUCCUCCGGGGGUCCGCCGGCGGUCAUGUGACCUGUGGAGCCCGGCAGCAGGGUCAUCUGAGUGUGAGGCGAUCCACUCUGGCUGAUGGAGCCCGGAUGUUGCCGCCGCCUCCUGGGCAGGUGCCGGGUGAGCCUCCACCUCCUCCACCGCCUGCGGAUCUCCUGCUGGACCUGGAAAGGCACCACCUUUUAAAAGCCGUCCACACGCCGCACGGUGGCGUUCGGCAGUUUUUUUUUCACCUCUCCGUUCAUGAACGCGUAGAGGAGCGCCACGACGAAACCCUCAGAACCGUGAAGAAAAGGAAGAUUAACUCAGGCAGGAAAACAAAGAGGACGUACUGCAGGCCGAACAGAACCACCAGGAAAAAUGUGGAUUUGAUCAACUUCCUGGCAUCCUCAGUUUGCUUGCCAGGAUCCUCAGAAUGCCAAAAAAGAAGAUAAGAUUCAUCUGGAAUAAAAAGCUGGGAGGACACAAAGUGAUUAUGUAGGAUGCCGACACGAGCGUGGAUUGACCUGCGGCCCUACCCUUCGUCCUCGUAGAAGUACUUGGCACAGGCCCAGGACACGAUGACCACCAGCGGCGAGCCUGUGGGAGAACACACGAGCUCAGAUAAAAGCCCACGGAGAAAAAGAGGUUUUGGGCGUCUCCUACCCCAGCUGAGGACCAGGUACCAGACCAGGUGCUUCUUCAGGGAGAAGAGGGAGCGUCUCACCAGCGUGAAGAGGAAGUGACCCUCCACCAGCAGCCAGCUGUAGUUGGCCAGGAUGGAGUAGUUGGACAGCAGAAGAGCCACUUUGCAUGCUACCUGCAGCACAUGCCGCCUGUCGCCUUUGUCGUUUGGCUGACCCUUGAACCCCGGGAGAAUGGCGCUUUCUGCCCCGCUGCUGCACGCAGACACCCUCGGAAGUGGAACACCGCCACCUCUGAGACAACUGGUAGAGAAAGGAGGGAGCAGAGUGCCAAACCAUCUACUGGAAUCCAAAGUCUAUUUCAAAGAGAAAAGCAACAGCCUCAUCGAAGUGGAUCCUCCUGAAAUCCAUUUCACCGGCUUCAAGCUGGAAAAGGACUACGCGAGGAUUGUGAAACUAAUCAACAUCUCUUCGCGAGUGCUGAAUAUUCAUAUCAUCCCCACCCAGUCCAAGCACUUCCGAACAACCUACGCCAAAAAGUGUCGGCUCAUUCCUGGCCUCGCCUACACAGUGAAGGUCAGAUUCUGUCCCCACGAGUGGGCGCGUGUCUCCGACUGUAUUCGGGUUCACUGUGAGGCUGACCAGAACCUCCUAAUUCCCGUUUACGCUUACCCUUCCACUGCCCAUGUCCAAGUCCCGCCACGCAUUGACUUACCACCUACACCACUUGGAGAGAGUGUUAGCCAUGUCAUUCCACUGAGCUGCAGAUCUCCCAAUAAUUUGGAGUUCCAAGUGGACCUGAUUGAGCCGAAUGAGGCUUUCUCCAUCUCCCCACUCUCAGGUGUGAUUCCAGCCAAUGGUCAAGCGAUGAUCACCGUUACCUUCAAACCCUGCCGCUAUGAGACUAGUCAGGUCACUGUGCGGCUAGUUGUCACACAGUUUAACACAAAAUCCUACCUCUGUACCAUUACUGGAAGCUCCGCCCCUCUCCUCGCUUUCAGGGAGACGGAUCAUCGGGGCACGUCUGCUAAAAGUAAAGGAUCUUUACCAGCCAUCCAGGUGUCUUCUCAGAGUAAAACACAAAGUCCAGCCAAACAAAAGUCCACCAAGGAUGACGUCAAAGCAAAGGUGGCACCAAAACCUCUGGUGGAUGCCUCCACCCACACAGGUGUGGCAAAGUUACUGCAAAAGGACCUCAGCAAACUUUGCCCUGAACUCCAAAGUGAGGAUCUGCUGAACAGGCAGAAAAAGGAAGCACUCUUCCUGAAAAAGGUUCAACAGAAUGUUAAGGAAGAGCAAACCAAUCGCCUGCGAGUACAAGUUCAUCAAGGUAACGACCCAGUGACGGAGGCAACCAGGUGCCAGAUCCUGGAGGAAAGAAAGGUUGCGCUACAACAGUAUAAGGUCAAGAAGGGAGAAGUAAGACAGGAGGAUGACUUCACGAGUGGACCACCGAAACUUUACUCCAUUCGGCUAAUAUGCGAUGCUGGUCAGACCCCCAAGGGAGCGCCUGUCUUCCAGUUUCACCCUAGCUUCCAGUGGGAGCUGAAAGAGAGGGCCAUGAAGCUAUUUCAGCAGGCAGCACGCAAGGUUGUGAUGCAGUGUCGCUUGAAGAGAAUCCUGGCCUUUUGGAAGAAACUACCAGAAAUUAGAGCAAGCAUUCUCUCGGCACAGAAAGUCGAAGAAGAGGAGGCUUGUUUGAUGAAGAUCCCCGCAGACAGAAUCUUUCCGUCUUCUUUUCCACUCUGCUCAGAUGAAGCUGAUUCGCUGGCUCUUCCCUUUGCUGCAGUGACUGUGGAUGCAGUUGAUGUAAAAGUAACUACGCACGUCCCCACCUUCAAGCUCCAAGUUCCUCAAUACUACAAGACGAUGAAAUACCAGCCUGUGUCAGCCUGGGAGGCCUUUAAUUCCUUCAUCCCCACCACCCCGGCCCGACCACUUCGCAAUCCAGAUCCUGAUUCUGACUCCAAGCCACCCUCACCAGGGCAGGACGAAGAGCAAGAUGCCAGCGAUCUUAACUUUACUUUUCCCGGUGCUCUACUUAGACCCAUUCAAGCACACCCACUCAGAAUCUUUAACCCUGCUCCUGGCCUCCAGGCCUACAAGCCGACCCCUAAAUACCUCGAAAGCGAUGUGGACUUCCUCCUCUGCCCGCUGCCUCGUUAUUCCACCGCCGAGGGCCACACAAGUGGGAUGGAGUCACAAACUUUGCACACACAGGCUCUGGACCCAAAGGGAGAAAUCCCAGGAUUGAAGACGUGGGACAAAUUUAACUUAAACACUGCAACAUGUUUGUCCAAACAGGCUGCUCUGACCAGCAACAUCCUAAAUGGUUCUACAGACUUUAAUAAAGACCUCCUUCCUGUCUCGACACCUGCUGCUUUCACCCAUCUUCCUGCCUAUCUCACAGGAGAGGUGGACAAAAAGUGUGACUCAACGCUGACCCCGGAGAUGAUCAGGUCAGAAUUCCUGUCUGGUUUUCAGUGACUACCUUCCACAUGACGUGAUCAGGCGCUGAAGACAUUCGUCAGUGAAGCCCGAUUGCUCUGUGGCCGGCACCAGAGGCAGGGUCUAGUCUGGGUUUUAAACAGAGGGAUGAGCCAGCUGGAGCUGCUUAUUUAUCACAACAAGACUCUUACACUUGCUCUUGAAAUAAUUCACAUCAAUUAAAAGCAAAAUACAGGGGUGGAUCUGUCAUUUAAACGCUAUAAUAGGUUUGGAAUGGCCCAACGAGUGCAUGCUCUCACCCUUAGAGGGAGCUCCUACUCAGCUAGAGCGCCAAAAGAAAAGCAAACAAAGGCAUGAACUGCUUUGGCUUUUGCUUGGAUUCACAUGCUUAAAACCUGGAGAAAAAGAGUCCACUUUGCUCAGAAGACAAUGGUGGCGUUAAAGAAGACACCCAUUGUAUUAUUAACAAUCAUGUAAUCAUAUCUUUACUUCUGACCUGACAUUAUGCAUAUUUUAUGGAAACCACAGCCAUGACACACUUAAUAAGUCAUACAGUGGUGCAAUAAAAGAGAUAAGAAUGAAGCGAUACAGUGAGAGUCAUUUGGUAUAAUUAAUUUACACAGCUGCCAGCUUCUUGUAAUAAUAGUCAAUAUUUUAUGAUCCUUUUUGCUGUUAACCUCAACACUGCUUGAGCUUGGCAAAGACCCCAGCAUGUCAAAGCUACAACCUGGCAGCCCUCUUUUUCCUCUUCUGAUUGAAAACACAGGUGCACCAAGUGAAGACGAGCGUAAUUACACCUAUUCAUCUACCCCACAAUUCCAGUUUCUUUAUCGCUUAAUCUUUUCAGGGUCACUCAGAAGCUGCAUUCCAUCCUGCUGACUAGGGUCAGUGAACACAUCCCAGGAUUGAAACACAUACACGCAUUUAUUCCGACAGUUAUUCAAUUUAUGCUAGGCAAUUUUAUUUAUAUAGCACAUUUCAUAGACAAAUUAACUAAAUGUGCUUUACAUCACUGUUUCUUAAAGGGGAACUGCACUUUUUUUUUUUUUUUUUGCCUGUCGUUCACAAUCAUUAUGAGAGA